GCCCUAUAAAUCAGAAAUACUUGUUCUUGACAAAAUUUUGAACCCUUCUAUUACUAUUACUGAUUGAUUUCUUGUGUGUGGGAAUUUCAGUAUAGACUCUCACUCGCAGCGUUUUUAAGAGAUCAUUAAUUCGUGAGUGUAAUUCAUUUCCCUUAGAAAAAUUCCCAAACAAGCUGUAACUACCACCUAACCCAGAAGAAGAUGGCAAUCACCUCGUCAGCUGCUCAGAAGCUCCUAAGCGUUGGCACUAAGAUAGUCGCCGUUGGCCGUAACUAUGCCGCUCACGCCAAAGAGCUCGGCAACGCCCUCCCUAAGGAGCCGGUGCUGUUUUUGAAGCCGACAUCUUCGUAUUUGGAAAAUGGAGGCACGAUCGAGGUGCCGCAUCCAUUGGAGUCGCUGCAUCAUGAGGUGGAGCUGGCGGUGCUGAUCGGAAAAAGAGCUAGGGAUGUACCCGAGGCCACUGCUAUGGAGUAUGUCGGAGGUUAUGGUCUUGCGUUGGAUAUGACUGCAAGGGAGAUCCAAUCUGCUGCAAAGUCUGCAGGUUUGCCAUGGACAGUAGCUAAAGGCCAAGACACCUUCACUCCAAUCAGUUCAUUUCUUCCACCGUCAAUGGUGCCAGAUCCCCAUGAUUUGGAGUUAUGGUUGAAGGUUGAUGGGGAGAUUCGUCAAGAAGGCUCUACCCGUGAUAUGAUAUUCAAGAUUCCAUACUUGAUUAGCCACAUAAGCUCUAUCAUGACACUGCUUGAGGGUGACAUCAUUUUAACAGGCACUCCUGAGGAUGUUGGUCCAGUUAUGGUAGGACAAAAGAUAGAAGCCGGGAUAAGAGGUCUCCUGGAUGUUCACUUUGAUGUGGGAAAACGUCAGCGGGCAAUAUCGUAGCAUUAUUGGUGAUUUGGUGUGUUCACAAGUAUGUAUCUGACCAACAAUCUAUAAUGAAAUUUCAAACCUCCGUCAUUAUAUUCUUACCAAAAGUUUGAACAACAUAAAAAAAUGCUCACAUCUUGAGACAUUUCAAAACCACACUUAUUGAAGAAAUCGUAGAGCUUCUGAAUGAAGUUGUAAGAUGUUAUUGAACCACAGUUAUGACUUAUAUGCCAUGCCUCCAAGUACAAUUAUA